AUGUCCGGCUUAGAGCCCCUCGCUGUUGUCAGUGCGGUUGCUGGGAUCCUCCAAGCGUAUGAAGCCGGUAGCAAGAUCUUCCGGCAGAUCAAGGCGCGCCGUCAAGCUCAUGGCGCUCUCCCACCAACCGACCGUCUGCUCGAGUCCCUUGAGAAGGGCGAAAGUGAGGUCAAAAAGGCCGUUGAAGAAGGCAAGUUGCGGUUCGGCGAAGACUUCGAGAUUGGCGACACGGCCACCCUUUUCGCCCUUAUGCAGAUCACGAUCGAUGUCCAAAAAGCACUGUUGGCGGGUUUAGCGGAAGCUAGGAGUGACGAUGGCGUUGUUGACUUCGAAAUGUGCAUCAACUCGUGCGACAAGGCCCGCCAGGAUGCCCUUAUCACUUUACAAGGCCUGUUCCUGCGAAGAUUGGCCGCUGAACAGAAGAAGGCGGAUAACCCGACUUCACCCCCAGAGCAGGCAAAGAGGUCUCAAGGGCAGUCGCCACCGGUCCCGGAGCGGACCAGCGAGAACAUGGAGACCCAACGCAGUCCUCCCCCUCGGCUUGAGAAAAGGCCAACUGAUACGGAAAGCACAAAGGCUCAGAAAGCUGGGAGGUGGCUUUUGUCCCGGCGGGAUAGGAGUGGCGAGAGCUCGGUCACCUUGAUGGAAAGUACCCCUGUCAUGGGCUCUCCGCCAGCGCCUCCGGCGAGAGCGUCAGAGCCAGACACCAUGCUGCAAUCCCGUCGCAGUACUUCGACGUCGACAAACUCCAUCACUACUCGGUCAAGUACGAGCACUCACGAGGGUGCACCCCCGUCACCCGCCCGAUCGAGCACGAACUCAUCGUCGAUAGCACCAGUCAGACGACAUACCACGGGCUACUCAAUGCACUCAAUGAGUGGGUUGUCUGCCGUUGCUGGAUUGAGUAUGACGUCGGACAUAUCAACCCCGUCAACUGUUGCAUCUCUUAAGAAGUCUGGUCGGUGCUGCAAGAAGACCUCAGAGCUACGGGACGGCAAGAUCUCUGAAGCUCUGGCGCACUCCCAUGCGCCAGGUUCUCAAGCUCGGACAUAUCACUGCACAAACAAGAAAUGCCAUUUCUGGGCGCCUGCUGUUCAAGUCGCGAACGUCUAUCAGUUGGACAAUAGCGUAAUUUGCCAUCCCUCGGGCAUGCGCUACAGACGGAUUUUCCUCGCAAAGUGUCAUAUGCAACAAAGUGAUGCCACGCAAACAGUGAAUUACCGCUGCUUGGUGUGCUUGUUUCUGGGAGAUUCUAGAGCGUACGAAGGUCACGAUCAGUUGUUGUCUCACCUGGCCAGCCAUCGAGGGGUCGAGCUUGGUGAGACACGUCUCGAAGGACCGGUCAUCUUCACCAACAAAAGGGUGGAAUGUAACCGAGAUGAGUUCGACAUUGACUUCACAGAACCGGCGAAAGAACCCAUUCGCAAACCCUACACAGUCACCGAGGCCAUGGUCGUGCCGGUGUCAAGACCCCAGGCGCAGCUGCAAAGGUCGGCGUCGGUGGUUUCGGACAGCCCAAACUUUGCACUGGAAGAACGCAUAUUAUGGGCAGCAAAUUGA